GAGAGGGAGGUACCUUCACGUAGCUGUCUCUGUCUUGGUUUUCUACAGAAAGUAGUUAACUCGGCUGAAACUGAAACAGGGCAAAAGAAAAGCCCCACCAGGCUGUCUUUCUCCUUCAUUCUCUCAGUUUCCUGCUCAAGGAAGCUUUUUUGUACAGGUUGGCGUGUAAGGACAACAAACUUUUGGUGGUUGUUUUUUCCCCUUCCUCAGUGUUUCCUGUGAAAAAUGUGGACUUUCUCAUCUGCAGAGCAACUUCUUCACCGGAGGAGGGGUGGAGGAGAGGUAGGAGGGGAGAAGUUUUUCUAAGUCUGUCGCUCACUCUUGCCUUGCCGGAUAAUGAAAGAACAAGUGUGAGUGCAGGUCACAAAAAUCAAGAGGGAGAGAAGAAAGGAAGGAGCAGUGCUUCCUGGAUAGGGAUCUCCUCUUGACUCCUCUAGGACUCUGCAGCAGUGUGUUUGUGUGUGGAUCAGCGUGUCCACACUCUCACGGUCCUGCUCUCUGAGGGAGGUAGAGCGUGUGUGUGUAGCGAGGGAUGGCCAACGCCAGCCCCUGCAUGUCGCCGGGACCCCUCUCCCAGGUCUUCUUCCACCCAGGGGGCCCUUCUCCCCCAGGCUCUGUGGUGAUGCAGCAGGGGACCCCCAUGGCUGUGCCUCCUACCUCUACUCAGGGUGGCUUCCCCCCUGUGGACCUGGGGGCUGGGCAGGGCCCUGGGGGGGCUGCCAUGUCCCACGUGCCCCCCAUCCCGGCAGGGGUCUCCUUCAUCCUCCAGAUUGGGCUGACCAGAGAGUCAGUGCUGCUGCCACAGACCGCUGACUUAGCCUACGUCAAACAGAUCGCCUGCUCCAUCGUAGACAUCAAGUUCCCAGAGUGUGGCUUCUAUGGCAUCUAUGACAAGAUCCUGCUAUUUAAACAUGACACAGGCACCAACAACAUCCUGCAGCUGGUCAAGGCUACCCAGGACAUCCAGGAGGGAGACCUGGUGGAGGUGGUUCUCUCUGCUGCGGCCACCUUUGAGGACUUCCAGAUUCGGCCUCAUGCCCUGAAUGUCCACUCGUACCGUGCCCCGGCCUUCUGUGACCACUGUGGAGAGAUGCUGUUUGGAUUGGUCAGACAGGGCCUCAAAUGUGACGGCUGUGGAUUGAACUAUCACAAGCGCUGUGCCUUCAGCAUCCCCAACAACUGCAGCGGCGCGCGCAAGCGGCGCCUGUCCACCACGUCUCUGAACAGUAGCCAGUCGCUGCGUCUGUCCACCAGCGAGUCCCUGAGCAGCGUGGGCUCCAGCUCAGUCAGCACCUGCAUGGAGGAUGCCAGCCUGAUCCGCCCGCACACCACCCAGACGCUCCCGAAUUCCACCUGUACCGCGUCAGCAUCCCUGGGCCUGUCCACCAGCCCCUCCAUCACUAGACCCAUGGCCCGCGCUAACACUCAGAUGCCGCGAACCCCCAGCGAGGCGCGGCGGUUCUACACGGGCCGGCCAGUGCACCUGGACAAGAUCCUGAUGAGCAAAGUGAAGGUGCCACACACGUUCGCCGUGCACUCCUACACGCGCCCCACCGUGUGCCAGUACUGCAAGAGGCUGCUCCGGGGCCUCUUCAGACAAGGGCUGCAAUGCAAAGACUGCAAGUUCAACUGCCACAAGCGCUGUGCUUACAAGGUUCCCAACGACUGUCUGGGGGAGACCAUAGGAGACAUGUUGAGUCCCAGUGUGGACCACGAGGUGCCUAUGGACUACAGUAGUGAGUAUGCCGACUCAGACAAGUCUUCUCUGAUGGACGAUUCAGACGAGGCCUGCAGCAUCCCUGGUUCUUUCUCCCCUGAGAGCAGCCCGGACGGGGUCAGUGGAGACCAGAGUGCUAACAUCCCGUUGAUGAGGGUUGUUCAGUCCAUGAGGCAGACCACCCGUCGCUCCAGCACAUCCAUCAAAGAGGGCUGGAUGGUGCACUACAGCAACAAGGACACACUGAGAAAGCGGCACUACUGGCGUCUGGAUUGCAAGUGCAUCAUCUUGUUCCAGAACAACACCACCAACAAGUACUACAAGGAGAUUCCUCUGUCUGAGAUUCUGGAGGUGCGCCCCUCAGGGGACUUCACCCUGGUUCCUCCAGGCACCAGCCCCCACUGCUUCGAGCUUGUCAUGGGAGCCAUGCGCUACUUUGUAGGGGAGGACCCCAACGUCCACGUCGCCGUCCCCGCCCUGCCCCCCACCACCGCCCAGGCCUUCCCCCCCACACCCCCCUCCCCCAGCAACGUGGUUCCCAAUAGCGGUGUGGGGCGGGAGGUGGCCAAGGCGUGGGAGGGCGCCAUUCGCCAGGCCCUCAUGCCAGUUAUCUUCCAGGAUGCACCACCGAUAGAGGGACACACUCCUCACAGACAGGCUUCAGUCAGCAUCUCAGUGUCCAACAGUGUGAUCCAGGAGAACGUGGACAUUGGCAUGGUGUACCAGAUAUUUGCAGAUGAAAUCCUUGGUUCUGGCCAGUUUGGAGUGGUGUAUGGAGGGAAGCACAGGAAGUCGGGGCGUGAUGUGGCGGUAAAGGUGAUUGACAAGCUGCGCUUCCCCACCAAGCAGGAGAGCCAGCUGAGGAAUGAGGUGGCCAUACUGCAGAGUCUACGUCACUUGGGCAUAGUGAAUCUGGAGUGUAUGUUUGAGACUCCAGAGAAGGUGUUUGUGGUGAUGGAGAAGCUCCAUGGAGACAUGUUGGAGAUGAUCCUGUCCAGUGAGAAAGGAAGGCUCCCAGAGAGGCUCACCAAGUUCCUCAUCACACAGAUUCUGGCAGCCCUGAGGCACCUGCACUUUAAGAACAUCGUCCACUGUGACCUGAAACCUGAGAAUGUCCUGCUGGCCUCUGCCGAGCCCUUCCCCCAGGUGAAGCUGUGUGACUUUGGCUUUGCCCGUAUCAUUGGUGAGAAGUCGUUCAGGCGUUCGGUGGUGGGCACCCCGGCCUACCUGGCCCCAGAGGUGCUCCUCAACCAGGGCUAUAACCGCUCCCUGGACAUGUGGUCUGUAGGAGUCAUCAUGUACGUCAGCCUCAGUGGCACCUUCCCCUUCAACGAGGACGAGGACAUCAACGACCAGAUCCACAACGCUGCCUUCAUGUACCCACCCAACCCCUGGAAACAGAUCUCACCUGAUGCCACUGACCUGAUCAAUAACCUGCUCCAGGUGAAGAUGAGGAAACGCUACAGCGUGGACAAGUCUCUCAGUCACUCCUAUCUACAGGACUACCAGACGUGGUUGGAUCUGAGGGAGCUGGAGACCAAGCUGGGUGAGCGCUACAUCACCCAUGAGAGCGACGACUGCCGCUGGCAGAUGUUUGCCCGCGAGCACACGCUCCCCUACCCGGCCCACCUGGUGCCCCCUCUGCCUGCGCUCGGCUCCGACGAGGAGGCCGGGGAGGACGCAGACAUGCAGGGGCUCACCGAGAGGGUCAGCAUACUCUGAGAACCUGGAGAGCCAGGACCCAUGAGGGUCCAAGAGACUCAGACUGACCCAGGGAAGAGGAGGGGAGUGUGGGGAGCGAGUAGAGAGAGAAAGGGGCUGGCUGGAUGGAUGGAGGUCUGGAGAGUGGGGAGGGUGAGGCUGGGAGGUUUAGCUGUAGAAAAGCGCCUUCUAUUGAGAUGAUCCCGCUCCUAACUGUCUACUAAUGGUGUCCCACUCCGGCCCUUGCCUGUCCAAUCUCCAGACCCCAUCCUUGACCCCUCUCUCCUCGGUCUAGCUUAGCUCUUCCACCCUUGAACUCUUUGAGUGUAAGAGAUUGCUCUGCUGUAUCCCACAAGGACAUGCUGUGCUGUACCCAGUGGUCAGGGGAUGUGUAGAAUAUUGUUGCUGCAGUGUGCUCAUUCAGUCUAAACUGCAGUAUGGCAGAGGUCAGUUUGGGUGAAACACUCAAAUUGCAUUCUAAGCUCCUGGCAGAGGCACAACUUGCAUCUUUCUAUCUCAGAAGCCUGGGCAAGCACAAGGAUCCCCUGCUUAUUGUGAUAGGAGGGAGAGGAAGAGAGACAGGGAUAGAGACAGACAAAAAACUUUAAGGACUCGGAUCAAUCCACUUAUGCAUGACUUACAUCCACCCAUAAGCAAAUCCUUAUGAACCGUUUUAUUUUCAUUGAAUGCGAUGACUGGAAGCGCCCUGCCUGUACUGUCAGACCUGUUUGCUGCAGACCUCAAAGAGUUUAGUGGAGACAAAGGAGUCAUUUAGUGCCUGUAAGUGGUAGAUAAAGGGCUUCUAACUGUAGGCAGCAGACCAGCGCUAGUGGGCUGUCAUGGUCUCAGAGGAAAUCUGCCGUUCAAACGACAACAAAGACAACAAAGCCAGAAGUGGAUGUAGCAAUCAAGGAUUGCACCUUUUUAAACUGUCCACUGAUACUGUCCUAGUUGGUGCAGCGUCAUUAUUGAUGAUGACUUAUUAGUGAAGACCGAAGACUCGCUUAUCAUCGGAAGUGUUAAUUCACAAGUCCUGGUGAUCCGAGGGUGUCCUAGACCUGUAGACAUACACUGUUACAAUGAAGGCAAUGUGGACGUUUUCGGAAUAGUUUGUCACGGACACCAUUAAACACCAAUGGACAGUGGGGAAAAUGCUAUUGCUCUUCUAGUUACAGUAGAAAGACGACAAACUGCCUAUCUCUCGAGUCAAGGUUAAAGUGUGGGAGGAGGGCUCCGAUAUUGAUUGCUGACUAUGAACCUAGCAUGUCAACUAGUUGAUGUCCAUGUGAAGUAGAUUUGUCUAGAGGAAAAGCAUUGCCGUGAAGGAAUAUUACGUACAUGUAUAACCAUAUCUUUAUGCAGUGUAAUCAAUGUAUGCUUGGAGAAUGUAAACCUAUGGAAGAUCCCAGCAUUUAUAUGUAACAUCAGUACAAACCUUGACCUACAA